CACUGAUACUCUGUUUCUCGCCUACUGUCUCUUUCAGUCUCUGGAAUUACUCAAUGUCUGUUUCCCUUUCAUGACCUCUCUCUCUCUCUCUCUCUCUCUCUCUCUCUCUCUCUCUGACUCUGGGUCUCACUCAAUCUCACACAAACUUUCUCUCUGGGGCACCCAGGCCUUCCCUGCCAUGCAACCUGACAGUGUCUGGCAGUGGAGCCCGCGGGGGCUGCUGCUGUGUCUGCUGUGCAACUUGUGUUUGGGGUCUCCGUCCCCUUCCACGGGCCCAGAGAAGAGGGCUGGAAGUCAGGGGCUGCGAUUCCGGCUGGCUGGCUUCCCCAGGAAGCCCUACGAGGGCCGCGUGGAGAUACAGCGAGCUGGUGAAUGGGGUACCAUCUGUGAUGAUGACUUCACGCUGCAGGCUGCCCAUGUCCUCUGCCGGGAGCUGGGCUUCACAGAGGCCACAGGCUGGACCCACAGUGCCAAGUAUGGCCCUGGAACAGGCCGCAUCUGGCUAGACAACCUGAGCUGCAGUGGGACUGAGCAGAGUGUAACCGAAUGUGCCUCCCGGGGCUGGGGGAACAGUGACUGUACCCACGAUGAGGACGCUGGGGUCAUCUGCAAGGACCAGCGCCUUCCUGGCUUCUCAGACUCCAACGUCAUCGAGGUAGAGCAUCAUCUGCAAGUAGAGGAGGUGCGGAUUCGGCCGGCUGUCGGGUGGGGCAGGCGGCCCCUGCCAGUAACAGAGGGACUGGUUGAAGUCAGGCUUCCUGAGGGCUGGUUGCAAGUGUGUGACAAAGACUGGAGUGCCCACAACAGCCACGUGGUCUGCGGAAUGCUGGGUUUCCCUAGCGAAAAGAGGGUCAAUGCAGCCUUCUACAGGCUGCUGGCCCAGCGGCAGCAACACUCCUUUGGUCUGCAUGGGGUGGCGUGCAGGGGCACGGAAGCCCACCUCUCCCUCUGUUCCCUGGAGUUCUAUCGUGCCAAUGACACCAUCAGGUGCCCCGGGGGGGCCCCUGCGGUGGUGAGCUGUGUGCCAGGCCCUCUCUACGCUGCGUCCAGUGGCCAGAAGAAGCAACAGCAGUCGAAGCCUCAGGGGGAGGCUCGUGUGCGUCUAAAAGGUGGGGCCCACCCUGGAGAGGGCCGGGUAGAAGUCCUGAAGGCUGGCACGUGGGGCACAGUCUGUGACCGCAAGUGGGACCUGCAGGCAGCCGGCGUGGUGUGUCGGGAGCUGGGCUUCGGGAGUGCUCGAGAAGCUCUGAGUGGGGCCCGCAUGGGGCAGGGCAUGGGUGCCAUCCACUUGAGUGAAGUUCGAUGCUCUGGGCAGGAGCCCUCCCUCUGGAAGUGCCCCCACAAGAACAUCACGGCAGAGGACUGUUCCCAUAGCCAGGAUGCUGGAGUCCGAUGCAAUCUGCCCUACACUGGGGUGGAGGCCAAGAUCCGACUCAGUGGAGGCCGCAGCCGACACGAGGGGCGAGUUGAGGUGCAAAUAGGGGGACCUGGACCUCUUCGCUGGGGCCUCAUCUGUGGGGAUGACUGGGGCACCCUGGAGGCCAUGGUGGCCUGUAGGCAACUUGGUCUGGGCUACGCUAACCAUGGUCUGCAGGAGACCUGGUACUGGGACUCUGGGAACAUCACAGAGGUGGUAAUGAGUGGAGUACGCUGCACAGGCACUGAGCUGUCCCUAGACCAAUGUGCCCAUCAUGGCACCCACAUCACCUGUAAGAGGACAGAGACCCGCUUCACUGCUGGAGUCAUCUGUUCUGAGACUGCAUCAGACCUGUUGCUGCACUCAGCGCUGGUGCAGGAGACUGCCUACAUCGAGGACCGGCCCCUGCACAUGUUGUACUGUGCUGCAGAAGAGAACUGCCUGGCCAGUUCGGCCCGCUCAGCCAACUGGCCCUAUGGCCACCGGCGUCUGCUCCGAUUCUCCUCCCAGAUCCACAACCUGGGACGAGCUGACUUCAGACCCAAGGCUGGGCGCCAUUCCUGGGUGUGGCACGAAUGCCAUGGGCAUUACCACAGUAUGGACAUCUUCACUCACUACGACAUCCUGACUCCAAAUGGCACCAAGGUGGCUGAGGGCCACAAAGCUAGUUUCUGUCUUGAAGACACUGAGUGUCAGGAGGAUGUCUCCAAGAGGUAUGAGUGUGCCAACUUUGGGGAGCAGGGCAUCACCGUGGGUUGCUGGGAUCUCUACCGGCACGACAUCGACUGUCAGUGGAUUGACAUCACAGAUGUGAAGCCAGGAAACUACAUUCUCCAGGUGGUCAUCAACCCAAAUUUUGAAGUAGCAGAGAGUGACUUCACCAACAAUGCAAUGAAAUGUAACUGCAAAUAUGAUGGACACCGCAUCUGGGUGCACAACUGCCACAUUGGUGAUGCCUUUAGUGAAGAGGCCAACAGGAGGUUCGAACGCUACCCUGGCCAGACCAGCAACCAGAUCAUCUAAAGUACCACCACCCUCCUCUGCAAACCACCACUGGCCCCUAAUGGCAGGGGUCUGAGGAUGCCAUUACCUCAGGAGCUUACCAAGAAACCCCUGAUAUCAGCAGGCCCACCACAAUCAUCCAGCUGUGCGCUCUGGAUGUGGAACUGUCAAGCAGAAGUCAUCACCCUCCUUCGUAGGCCAGCUGUCAGUGUCUGUGGCCAGGCAUGGGGAAUCUUUGCUCCCAGGCCCAGGCCCAGGCCCGAGCAGAGCACACCACAAAGAGUAGUGCCCAGAACGAAAGAUGACAGCAGCUCAUUUUCUUGAACAGUGAGGUCAGGAUGGUCGGUUCCAGUAUCUACCCUAAGUUUAAGAGGAUACAGCUUUACCUCUAGCCUUUUGGUGGGGGAAAAGAUCCAGCUCCCCCACCUCAUUUUUGACUAUAACAUGUUGCUAGGUAUAAUUUUAUUUUAUAUAAAAAGUGUUUGUG